AUGGUAUCAACUCUCUCCGCCGUCCCUCCCAAACCGCCAGCCCCGGCACCUCAAGGCGCGGGGGUGGGCACAGACGACAAACCCCGUGCAAGUCGACCACAGCAGAAGCUGCAAGAAUCAUGGUCAUCCGAUUCGUCCGCCAAUGCGGUUGCGUCCGAAUCGCCCUCGCACUACUCGUCCUUUUCGAGCGACGAUAGCGACGAGCACAUCCCCGACUCCGCCAAUGAAGUGGACGAGGAUGACGCCAUCGAUGUGGUGGGGGUGAGUAUCGGUCGCGAGCAAAGUCGCAUGAAGGCCCGCGCCACGCCCGCCGAGGAGAAAACCAGGGUGCUGGAGCAGCAAGGCGAAUAUUUCACCGACAUCCCAGACGCAGGCGCCGAGGAUGGCCUGUUUGUAUCGCAGCUUACGGCUGAGCCGGAGUCGGUGGAGCCGAAAGAACUGGAGGCUGGCAUUGAGCAGGCGCGGGUCGCACGGACGACUCGCAGAGCGCCGGCGACGCAUCCCGUCGCACCAUGCGUCCCCGUGGAGCGCCACGCGCCCCGAGGUCCCCACAAAAAUCACUCUGUCUCAUCGGCCACGGUGCCCGACGCCAAAGAGUCCAAUACGUCAAGCUAUCGGUCCAGCUUUACCCGGUCGCUACUGAAAACCUCGCUGCCGCGCCGGCCGCGCGCUUGGUCGGGUGAAUUGAAGAGAUUCUUGCCGGAUUUGGGAUCUUUGGCGAGACGGCCCUCGCUGUCAUUUCGAUCCACAAAUGCGCAUAUCCGCGCCCGCAGCCAGACGGUCGACGUUUCAAGGAAACGUAGCCCCGUGCCUGGCUCCAGGACCUCGUCAUUAGAGCGACGACCUCCGCAGUCACCGCUGGCAACGAAUGGCCUGCCACACGAUGAAGAUGUGGGCGACGAUGCUCAGCCGAUUUCAGAGCUGCGGACGCUGGAUGGCAGCUCGGCUGUGAAGCAUUCAUUCACCAGGCGGCCCAGCACGGCAAUGCCGGGGCGCCCGCCAAGCUUGCGGAGGUCAUCUUCAGAUCAGUCGCUGUACUUGCGGGCAUCAUCUACCGCGUCAUCGUUAGAGCAGCGGCCGCUGUAUCAGAACGUGCAUUCGCAGGUCAACAGCCGGUUCAAGGCCAUCAAGGACAGUUUGCAAGACUCGAGCAGUCGACUGCUCAGUAUGCCGACCCUUCAUUUGCAGGAUAUCCGCACGGAUUGGACUUCUCGUCCCUUCUUCAAUGAGUCUGGUAAUUCGUCAACGAGCGUGAACGCUGAUAGGGGGAUGAAUGGAUCCGCUCGCCGGACGGCGACUCCUCCGCCGCCCCCGCGGAAUAACUCACAGUCCAUUCAUCCAAUCUUGGAGGAAGCAAUGUCUGAAUUGACCGGUGAUGUGGUGAUUCUCGGCGGUUACCGCGGCUCGAUCCUGCGCUCUGCGAAACCACCUCACCGACAGCUAUGGGUGCCGAUGAAGGUGGGAUUGAAUCUGCGUAAAGUUGACCUGGAAGUCGGCUUGACUCGGGAAGACGAGGAGCGCAUGGAGGAGACUAUCAUCCCAUCCGGCGUGCUGUCUCACAUUGGACCUGUCGAUGUCUGUCGUCGAUUGAUGAAGCGCCUGCGCAAAUGCGACAACGCGGUGCGUGGUGACCUCCGUGUCUGGGACUAUGGCUACGAUUGGCGCUUGAGCCCCGAGUUGCUCUCACAGCGGCUCAUCGCCUUCCUCGAGGGCUUGCCAUGCAACCGACCAGCACCCGAGGGUCAGCCUCAGAGACCCCGGCGAGGGGCUAUUGUCAUCGCCCACAGUUUAGGCGGCCUCAUCACUCGGCAUGCUGUGAACGAGCGACCGGAUCUCUUCGCUGGCGUUGUCUAUGCGGGGGUACCGCAGCACUGUGUCAACAUCCUUGGUCCGCUUCGCAACGGCGACGACGUCCUGCUCAGUUCCCGGGUGCUGACCGCGCAGGUCAACUUCACCUUCCGCACCAGCUUUGCACUCCUCCCCGAGAACGGCCACUGCUUCAUUAACAAGCAGACCCAAGAGGAAUACCGCGUUGAUUUUUUCAACGCUGAUAACUGGGACAAGUACCAUCUCUCCCCCUGCAUCCGCCCGGCUCUGCCGGCGACGGCGAUGAAUAUCCGCUUCAAGGACUUAGCCCUCAUGGGCAAGCGGUUCUCGCUGGGCCCACGAGAAGACUCCAGUGAAGUCAACUUCCAAGAUAUACCCGAUCUCAACGACCCGCAGGGCUCUCCCGCCAACGAGGGCAUCUCGACGCGCAGCCCGCGUCCCAGUGCCCACACUCUUUCUUUGCCUACCCCCACACACAUCGCCGCUUCAGCCUCCGACAAAGUCAACGACGCGAUAGCCCCCGGAGUCGACGGUAUCGUCGGCCCCGUUUCGAACCCCCGUGGCAGUGCCACACCAACCCAGACAUCCACCACCAGCACGAUCCCGCGGGCCGCCGCAAUGGAAUACCUGCAGCGUACACUUGCCGAGGUCAAGCGCUUCAAGUCCGAGCUGAACUUCCAGCCGACCCACCAGUCCGAGAACCGCUAUCCGCCUGCCGCGGUGCUGUAUGGCAAGAGCGUGCCCACGUUGUACGGUGCCCGGGUCACGUCCCGCGAGGCCAUCAAGUACCAGGAUGCAUACGACGACCUGGCCUUUGCGGCUGGGGAUGGCGUGUGUCUUGCGACUGCGGCGAUGCUGCCGCCGGGAUACCGGAUCAUUAAGGAUGGACUGGUGAAGAGUGACCGUGGGCAUGUGGGAUUGCUUGGCGAUCUUGAGGGCGUGGGGCAGUGCCUACGGGCUGUGAUCCGGGGUCGAAAAGAGGGCGUUGGCUUGGGCAGCCAGGCUUAA